ACUAAACUGAAUCUCUCUCACAACGUAAUCAGAGUCAGAGAGAAGGGACUCAAAAACCCCUAAUCUCUCAGAGUUUUUGAAUACCUUUCAAAUCUCCUAUAUAUAUAUAUUUGGAGAGAUUUUGCAAAUUCCGAUGGGGACUAUGCACCGGAGCGGUGCUCCUAGAAGAAAUGAAAAUGCAAAGCUUAUCAUAACGACAAUUUUAGGAAUGGUGUUUGGUUUUUUUAUUGGUAUCACAUUACCUUCAGGUUCCUUUAGAAAGAUUAGCUUACCCUCAGGCCUUAUGUCAUCUUUUGAUGUAGCCAUGUCAGAUGGGAAACUGUUUUCUGGUGGCAGAUCACCUGAAGAUUUUGGUUCUAGACAGUUUCCUAAGAUAUAUGUUCCAACUAAUCCGCAUGGUGCAGAACUACUUCCUCCAGGAAUUAUUGUGGCAGAAACUGACUUUUACUUGCGCAGAUUAUGGGGUGAACCUAGUGAAGAUUUGAAGAAGAAACCAAAGUAUCUCGUAACUUUCACAGUUGGGUUUGAGCAGAGGAACAAUAUUAAUGCAGCUGUUAAGAAGUUUUCUGAAGAUUUCCAAAUCCUACUAUUCCAUUAUGACGGCCGGACAACUGAAUGGGACCAGUUUGAGUGGUCUAAAAAAGCGAUACAUAUCAGUGCAAAAAAACAAACAAAAUGGUGGUAUGCAAAGAGAUUUUUGCAUCCUGAUGUUGUCUCAGCUUAUGAGUAUAUAUUUAUAUGGGAUGAAGAUCUUGGAGUCGAGCACUUCAAUGCAGAGAGGUACAUUGCGUUAGUUAAGAAGCAUGGUUUGGAGAUUUCUCAACCAGGCUUAGAGCCAAACAACGGACUUACAUGGGAAAUGACAAAGAGGAGAGGUGACCAAGAUGUCCACAAAGAAACAAAAGAAAAACCAGGAUGGUGCAGUGAUCCACAUUUACCUCCAUGUGCUGCGUUUGUUGAGAUUAUGGCACCGGUAUUUUCUAGAGAAGCAUGGCGAUGUGUAUGGCAUAUGAUUCAGAAUGAUCUUGUUCAUGGAUGGGGUCUUGAUUUUGCUCUGAGACGAUGCGUUGAGCCUGCUCAUGAGAAGAUAGGUGUGGUAGAUUCACAAUGGAUUAUCCAUCAAGUGAUUCCUUCCCUUGGUAGUCAGGGUGAGUCGGAAAAGGGGAAAUCUCCAUGGCAGGGGGUGAGAGAGAGAUGCAGAAACGAAUGGACGAUGUUCCAGGACCGCGUAGCAGAAGCAGAUAAAGCGUAUAUGGAACAACACAAAGUAAAAGAAUAAUUGGAGCCUCUACUUACUCUGUCUCUGUAAAUGAAGCUUUUCGUUUCCAUGACAAGUGAGUGUGAGGAGAGAGUUCUCUUAGUUUAAAACUUCUCAGAUAUAUAUAUAGCUUAUAUAAUAUUGUCUUGUUCACUGAUCAUGAAACUAGUAAUGAUAUUUUCUUGGUUA